GAUGAGCCUCAUUCUCUGUCCAUCACAGCUUUCCUGUCAACAGACUUUGCUUUGUAGCUAAACUCUCUUGCUGCACUUAUUGCUUACUGCUUUCUGUCACCUACACCACAAGGAACGAUAUAUUUAUUUUUCUUCGCACCAGUGUUUUGACCAAAGAGGAAACUAGCAAUGUCCAGCAUCAUGAAAGUGUUUCUGCUCCUGGCUGUCAUUGUCUGCAUCUCAAAAGCCCAACUCCAUGAAUCGGGACAGCAGUGUCUCUGUCAACGUGUCAGGAGGGGAAUUUCAUUAAAGUCUGAAGUAAAGGACAUCCAGAUCUACCCAGCGACCAUCUUCUGUGACAAAGUGGAGAUUGUCGUCACCAUCAACAACGGUCUUCGUUACUGCCUGAACCCCAAGCUGAAUGCAGUGAAAAAGCUCCUGGCUAACAUCAUGAGCAAACAGAAAGCCUCUACAGCCACACCAACUGAGUUCAUUUCCACUCCAGGCAGCACCAACACUGCUAGCAUGUGACUCUCUCUUUAACUCCUCGGAUCAAUAAGCUCAGAUGACCUCUGACCCUACCAAAAGCACCUCCAAGUAUUUAGAUGUGCAUAAAACUUUUGCUUGAUUUAUCUUCUAUUUAUGCUGAUGUGCAUUUAUAUAUUUAAUACUGCUUUUGACUUGUUUUGUAUAUAGAUUGUGUGUGUAUGUAAACAAGAGUUUUAUGCAUUUUGGUCAUUUAGGUUUUUCUUCUUUUAUAAUAAUAACAAUAAUAAAAACUUCACAAAAGUA